AUGAAGGAGAACGAAGAUGAAGAUGAUCAAGAUCAAAAAUCGGAUGCCAAAAGUUGGGAUGAUUUUGAACUUGAUGGUACACAGGAUGCAAAAAGGCCUGUGUAUCAAACCAAAAACCCAAAGCCAAAAUUUCUAGCUCAGAAAAUCAGGAUACUGAAGUUGAGAAGGAGAAUGCAGAUGAAGGAUGUAAGUAAUGGCCUUCGGUCGCCUAUUUGUUGCAUUCUGGGGCAUGUGGAUAGUGGAAAGACCAAGUUACUUGACUGCAUCCGGAGUACUAAAGUUCAAGAAGGAAGUGGGGGUAUUACUCAACAAAUUGGUGCAACAUUCUUCCCAGUCCAGAAUAUUCGAAGAACCAAGGAAUUAAAAGCUGAUGCAAAGCUGAAUGUGCCCGGUUUGGUUAUUGACACUCCUGGACAUGAGUCUUUUGCCAAUUUGAGGUCUCGUGGAUCAGGUCUAUGUGACAUUGCAAUCCUGGUUGUGGAUAUUAUGCAUGGGUUGGAGCCACUGACUAUCGAAUCACUGAGCCUUUUGAAGAUGAGGGGCACAGAAUUUAUUGUGGCCCUGAACAAGGUGGACAGAUUGUAUGGAUGGAAAAUUUGCCCCAAUGCACCUAUUUUGAAGGCAAUGAAGCAACAGUCUAAAGAUGUUCACAUUGAAUUUGGGAAUAGGCUGAAUCAGGUUAUCGCACAAUUCAAGGAGCAAGGAUUGAACACUGAAUUGUACUAUAAGAACAAAGAGAUGGGGGAGACUUUCAGCAUUGUGCCUACUAGUGCAAUUACUGGUGAAGGGAUCCCUGACUUGUUACUGUUAUUGGUGUAAUGGGCUCAAAAGACAAUGAUUGAGAAGCUUACUUAUCAGAACCAGGUUCAGGGUAUUAUUUUAGAGGUAAAGGUUGUCGAAGGAUAUGGAACAACCAUUGAUGUGGUCUUGGUUAAUGGUGUCCUUCGUGAAGGGGAUCGAAUAGUUGUUUGUGGCAUGAAAGGUCCUAUACUUACCAAUAUUCGAGCCAUACUGACACCGCAUCCGAUGAAAGAGCUCCGGGUGAAGGGAGUUUUUGUGCAUCACAAAGAAAUCAAGGCUGCUCAGGGUAUUAAGAUUGCUGCACAGGGUCUUAAACAUGCUAUUGCUGGCACUGAGAUGCAUGUUCUGGGGCCAGAUGAUGAUUUAGAAUAUGUUGGAAGCAGCAUGGAGGAUAUGAGAUAUGUCAUGAACAGGAUUGGUACCAGUAGUGUGGGAGUGCAUGUUCAAGCUUCUACUCUUGGAUCACUGGAAGCACUGCUGGAAUUCUUGAAGACUCCAGGAGUGAAUGUACCUGUAUCGAAUAUAGGCGUGGGUCCUGUACAUGAGAGAUAUGUCAGGAGUAGUGUCAUGAUAGAGAGGAAAAAAGAGUAUGCUACAGUCUGCUUUGAUGUUGUGGUCAAGCCAAAGGUUCAGGAACUUGCUCAAAAACUUGGGGUCAAGAUAUUGCGUGGGGAUAUUAUCUAUCACUUGGUUGAUCAGUUUAAGGCCAUUACAGGCUGUCUCAAUGAGGAGAAGAAGAAGGCAGAUGCUGAUGAUGCAAUAUUCCCUUGUCGUCUUAAACCUGUACCGAAGUAUGUGUUCAACAAGAAAGAUCUUGUACUGGGGGUGGAAGUUGUUGAAGGUACUGUGAAGGUUGGAACUCCAAUAUGUGUUGCAGGAAAGGAGCUUACUGAUAUUGGUCGGAUUGCAUCCAUUGAGAACAACAAAAAACCAGUCGACUGUGCCAAGGAAGGCCAAAUGGUGGCCAUUAAGAUAGUUGGCAGUAAUCCUGAGCGACAGAAAAUGCUUGGAAGGCAUUUUGAGAUUGAAGAUGAGCUUGUCAGCCAUAUCUCAAGGAGGUCAAUCGAUAUCCUAAAAGCCAACUAUAGGGAAAGUAUGUCUUCAAAAGAUUGGUGCUUGGUUAAAAAGCUGAAAAUUCUUUUCAAGAUAAAAUGAGUCGCUUAUCAGAGCAAAUUCUUCUCUUUCUUUUUGGUCUCCGUAGGAAGUAAAAAUUUGGUCUAAGGUUAUGCAAAGCUCUUGCUUAGCUUCAACUCUGGCGCUGCAGAAAACAGGUGAAGGCUCUGUAUUCCCCAUCCAGAUGAUGGAGCUGUUGCUAACAGCCAUAUUUUGGCAUGGUGCAUUUGAUUUGAUAUCAUCAUUUUGCAGUAAUUUUUG